AUGAGGCGUGCCAUGCUUCCCGUAGCGCUCGCGGCCCUCGCCGCAGCGGCCCCCUCGCCGGGCCUCCCGCUGGCGAUCAACACGUGGGGCGGUCCGUUCGUCGCCGCCACCGACGCAGCCUACGCAUCCCUCCUCGAGGGCGGCGCGGCCCUCGACGCCGUCGAGACGGGGUGCUCCGUUUGCGAGGCGAACCAGUGCGACGGCUCCGUCGGCUACGGCGGGUCGCCGGAUGAAUCGUGCGAGACGACGCUCGACGCCAUGAUCAUGGACGGCGUCACCAUGAAAGCCGGCGCCGUGGCCGGGCUGCGCCGCAUCAAGAACGCCAUCGGCGUCGCGCGCGCCGUCCUCGAGCGCACCACCCACACCCUGCUCGCCGGCGACCUCGCCACGGCCUUUGCCGUCGCGCACGGCUUUCGCGAGGAGACCCUCGGCACCGACGCCACGGCCUCGCGCUGCGCCGCCUGGCGCGCCGCCGACUGCCAGCCCAACUACCGCCAGAACGUGCUGCCGGAUCCGCGCCGCGGGUGCGGGCCGUACGCGCUGCCGCCGGGGCCCGGGGGCGGGCUCGAUGCCGCGGCGCCGGGGUACCACGCGCUCAUUGCGCCGGGGGCGCGCCAGAGCGGCCACGACACCAUUUCGCUGACGGCCAUUUCGGCGGACGGCGUCAUGGCCGCGGGGACGUCGACCAACGGCGCCUCGUUCAAGGUGCCGGGUCGCGUAGGCGACGGGCCCAUUGUCGGGUCUGGGUCGUACGUGGACAACGACGUCGGGGCCUGCGGCGCCACGGGCGACGGCGACAUUAUGAUGCGGUUCUUGCCGUGCUACCAGGCUGUCGAGAGCAUGCGCAACGGCAUGGCGCCGACAGAGGCGGCCGAGAAUGCUGUGCGUAGGAUGGUGCGCAAGUACCCGGCUGUGGCCAGCGGUAUCGUCGUCGUUGAUAAGGACGGAAACCAUGGCGCCGCGGCGUCGGGCUGGGGCGGCACGUUUACAUAUGCGUAUCGUGGAGGCAGCAUGAACGCCACCGUUGUUGUUGAGGUGCCGAAUCUGUGUGUUGGUCGGCUCAUGUCGCAGCCUUGA